AUGAGGAUCUCCUACAACGUCAAGCUCGAACAGAGGGAGAACAAAGAGAGCCCGAAAACAUAUAUGGAGAAGAAUAAAGUUGCUCCCCUAGCAAUCCUUUUGUGCGAGCUCCAAGACUCCCAAGCCGCCUUAAGUUGGGGUUUCCGCGAAGAAGAGGAAGGAAAAUAUAAUGAAGGGUUGACAACCAGUGAUGAAGAUAUUGUAGAAUCAGAUGUGGGAGUUGUUGCAACUGAUGAUGCUCGAUGUUCUGCAAUUGGUGUUUCAUUGAUUAAGCAGGGUGGACAUGCUGUGGAUGCUGCAGUUGCGGCUGCACUAUGCAUUGGUGUUGUUCUCUCAGCAUCAAGUGGCAUAGGGGGUGGCGGUUUCAUGGUUGUUCGAUCUUCUUCAACCUCCCAAACACAAGCUUUCGACAUGAGAGAAACUGCUCCUGCAUCUGCUUCACAGACCUUAUUCCAACCAGCUAUAGAACUUGCUAAAAAGGGUUUUGAAGUGUCUCCUACUCUUGGAGAUUUCAUAGCUAAAGAUGCCAAAAAGAUAUUGGAUGAUCCUGGGUUAAGAAAGCUAUAUGCACCCGAAGGAACUUUGCUGAAAGAAGGGGAUGUGUGUAAAAAUGAGGAACUCGGUCGCACCUUAGAGGUAGUGGCAGAGCAAGGGCCACAAGCUUUCUACAAUGGUACCAUUGCUGAAAAGUUAGUGAAGGAUAUCAAAGAGGCUGGUGGCAUUUUAACAAUGGAAGAUCUACGUAAUUACAAGGUGGAAAUAGCAGAUGCAAUGACUCUGAAUGUGAUGGGAUACACCAUAUAUGGAAUGCCACCUCCUUCGUCUGGAACACUUGCUCUUUCACUGGUUUGUACAUUCCUCUCCCCUCUUUUCUGCCAUGUUGCUCUGUAG